UCUACAAAGAGAAAACAUGGCCGGUGAAGUUUUGGUGGACGCGUUACCUUAUUAUGAUCAGGGCUACGAUGAGCCUGGGGUUCGAGAGGCUGCCAUGGCGUUGGUGGACGAAGAGACCAGAAGAUACAGGCCUACCAAAAACUACUUAGACUACCUUGGGACGCCUAAUUAUGACGCAUUCGAGACCGAGAUAAUGAAAAACGAAUUCGAACGUUUACAUGCCCGCCUUCCCAUGGACAUGAUGAGCAUGAAACGAUACGAAUUACCUACUCCGCCUGCUGGGAAAAUGACCGACAUCACUGCAUGGAUGGAAUGUGUGGACAAUUCACAAGCUCAACUUGAGCAUCAGGCCACCAGAAUUUUGAAUUUGGAAAUUAUGUCUGAAUAUGGGGCCAAUGCCUGGAAAACAUACAAUGCAGUUCUUGCCAAAAUGGUGGAGGAUGCGCAGAAACAGCUCUCAGAUUUAAGGAAAAAGAUUCAAGAAAUAAACUGGCAGCGUAAAAAUGAACAAUCUCAAGCUGGCUCGAAAUUAAAAGAAUUAGAAACACAGUGGGUAGGGUUGGUCAGUAAAAACUAUGAAAUUGAACGUGCGUGUGUUGAAAUCGAAAAGGACAUUACUUUAAAGGAAAAAAUCACCAAGAAAAAAUAAUUUUCUGUGAUAUUUAGAGUUCUAUUUCACAAACGAUGUGCUAAUUUGAAUUCUAUGUUCUAUAUUUGAGCACUAGAAAAUAUUUCGUUAUUGUAUGAUAGCUGUAAAAUUAUCUAGUUCAGCUAAAAAUCAGCAAGGCUAAACAUUCAAAUGCUUACAAAACGAUUCCUAUAUGCUUCAAAAGAGUGGUUCAGUUUCAUAACUGUAUCCCUUUUUAAUGAAUAAAAGAAUAUACCGGUACAUUGAAAUGAAACCCAACAUGUUCAUGGGUCUGAGUGUAAUGGAAUAAAGAUUCUAAGAUAUGGAAUAUUGUCAUUCAUAUUGUGUUGUACAUCAUUAUCAUUCAUAACAUGCUCAUUUUAUUCAAGUAAUAAAACUCUAAUCAUGUUUCACUGUACUUACUUUUAUGCUAGUCCAUACAAAAAUGUAUGGUUUUUGAAUUUUGUUUACAAAGGCCAAGAUUUGAGUCAUUUCUAGUUGAAAACAAUAGGAGGUAUAAUAGAGCUAAUUCACCUCUACUGUUUUAAUUCUGAUAUUUAUAGAAAUGAGUACAAAGACAAUACUCUUUAACAAAUUUGAGGUGGAUGAUAGACUAAUUCAAUUAUCUUAAGUCUAUCCACCUAGCAGUGUCUCCAUUACUCUAGGAUGAGGUACUGGCGCACUUUAAUUAUGGUAUGGGAAUCAGUAUUGAACAAGAGCAUCAAAACAAAGAAAACAAAUACAGUUGGGAACCAUCGACCCAAAUAAUACAAAUCUUCUACUGUCUUAAUAAAAUUUUACUCAAGAGUACUUGACAUUUUUUCAGUCAUUCAUAGUCAUUAAAUUUCACCACACAAAAUAAAAUCAAUAUAGUCUCUUUCCAUCCUUGUAAUUACUUCGAUGUUUUCUGCGUAAGCUGGUAACUUUAGUUUUAGAACCUGGAAACGCAGUCAAACCUUGAAACAUAGUGUCCUUUUCCGUACCAAAUUUUAAAGCAUCUAGUUG